AUGGCACCUGACGUCCAGAACGAUAGCUCGCACGUGUCACAAGUUCCGGCCAAGCAAUCGAGAUGGUCCCCAGAAGAAGAUGCCAAGAUCAUCAAGCUUCGGGGGCGCGGAGUAAAGUGGGAGGAUAUCAGCAAGGAGCUUCCCGGGCGGAGUGCAACCAGCUGUCGCCUGCGCUACCAGAAUUAUCUUGAGAGGCGAAGUGAGUGGGACGAGGAUCGAAAGAACAAGCUCGCUAGAUUAUAUGAAAGGUGGGAGUGGUAUGGUACGAGAUGGCAACCGGCCAAGUUACUGACAAAGCAAGCAGAUUCAAGGCAGAAAUGUGGGCAAAAGUUGCAGAGGAGAUGGGUGUCCCCUGGCGGGCCGCAGAAGCUAUGCACUGGCAGCUAG